GUUCCGUCGCGGGCCAGUCAGGGCGUCGUGGCGAGGGUAGGCGAAGUGUGAGGCGCGGGAGGUAAAGUAACAAGAUCCAACCCUCGAUGGAGGUUGGAUGUUUGGCGAGGAAAAGGAGAGGUGUCAGAAGGGCGAGCGCGAAAAGUUGACGGAUUUGGGGGGGUAACCGGCGGGAGAGAGGGGGUUGGCGACUGUCGCAGAGAACUGCGACGUCCCAAGUGGCGAUGACGGCGAAUCUGGAGGGGUCAUUCGCCAGUUCUUCCGGGGACAACUGCUGGGCUGCCUGGGGGUGGGUGUCCAGCGGUGCCCGAGUAUUGUGCAAGCGGCUGGACCCUCGUCCCCUAGAUCUGGGAGAUGGGUCAGUCUCUCGUCCUCCAGCGCGCCUGUUUGUUUCGACGUUUUCCUCCUCGCUGGAGGUUGCAGUCGUGGGGUCUCCCUGGUCCCCUGGUAUAUAAGUUCCGUCCGCCCGUUCCUCCUCAUCAGUUGUUCGUUGCAGUUCCGAGGCAUUUAAAGCCCUGUUCGCUGCCUGCUGGAAUCCGUUCAGUGGUCCUCCAUCGGAGGACAGAUUGCCACGCCUUGCCGCCCCGCGACCGCGCCCUCCGGCCGUCCGUGCGUUGAGUCUUCCGCGUCCGCCUCCGUGGUUUCCUCUCGGGGCGGCCCUGGUCGUCGUUCGGCUUUCGUGCCGAGUCGUGGGGGGUGCCGAGUGCGGCGCGCCUCCUCGGGAUGGAGCGACCAGCGCGAGAGCGUUCUGCCGAUUUGGAGAGUACUGGGGACAGCAAGUCGCCCCAAGGUCGGGCGAGUCCUCCAGCGCCGUCGAGCCGGGAUUGGGAGCGCGGGCUCCUCGGCCCCUCGACGGCUCGCCGACAGACUCCCGAGCGGAUGCGGGGGCAGUCGCGGGGCAGGACUGCCGCGCCCCCGAGACACGAGGAGAAAUCCCCCGAGCGCGCCGUGGAGAUUGGACGUGAACCAGUGGCGCGUGGCGAGGAGCAGCAGUCACCGCGCCAGCAGCAUCCCGCCCGCCGAGGAACGCCUCAGCGCCGCCCACAGGCGGGGCCUGGGCAGCAGCGCCGGACUCCGCAGGCGCCGCGCGGGCGUUCGGGCCAGCGCGUCGGCUGGAGGGCUGGCGGGGGGAGUAACCGUGGGUCCGCGGCGGAGAGGCGCCUAGGGCGGGCCGCGGCGACUCUCGAGGGCUUGUUCCGCAGUGUCGCCCAACCCCAGCAGGCUCUGGCGUAUUCUCCGCAGCUUCUGGCGCCCCAGCAGUACCAGCAGGCGCACUUGCCGCCCGUGCGUUUGCCCCUUCCUCAGGCACCGACGCCGCCAUUCCCUCCCCGCAGUGUGACAUCUCUCCCGCUCCUUGACAGCCAGCACCUCUUGGCGUCCCUUCCCUCCGCACCCCCUCCGCCAGUCCUCCCCGCGGCCGGUCCCUUCGAUCCGCGUCGGAUGGACGUGCGGUCCGCGGAGAUACUGCCGCCCUGGCAGCCGACGCCCCCGGAUGUGUCGGUGGCAGGAUGGUCCCGUGGCCCACCGCCGUUGGUGGCACCGGCAUCGUUCGGCGAGCGGGCGACAGCGCCCUUUAGUCUGGAGGUGCUGCUGGGGCUGGUGGGCGGGCAGGCGGAGCAGGGGAGAGGGGAGGGCGCACAGGGAGGGGGAGGAGGGGGGGAAGGAGGGUGCGGGAGUGCGUUUGGGGAUGUGGAGAUGGAGGAAGCAGAAGGGUGGUACCCUGGGGAGGGUGCUGCUGAUGCCGGUGCUCAUGCUGAUGCGGCUGGUGCUGAUGGUAGUGCUGCUGGUGGUGCUGCUGGUACUGGGGAUGUUGCUGCUGCUGGUGCUGAUGGUCGGUUAAGGAGUGGUGGGGUGAAAUGUGAGGAGCAAUGGCAGGUGAGGGUGGGAGCCGUGGAGAUGGAUGACAACAUGGAGGACGCAUUCGAUGGCGAUGCUGCUGCUGCUGCUGCUGCUGCUGGUGGUGAUGAUGCUGCUGGAGGUGGUGGUGGUGGUGCUGGGUCUGCUUCAGGUGGUGAUGGGAAGCUAGCCAUGCUGUGCGACGCCUUCCCUUCAUUCGACCGCACUGUUGUCGCUGCUUUCCUGGAGUCUCUUGACGGUGACACAGAGGCAGCAGCAGACGCACUGCUGGUGCAGGAAACAGCAGCAAAGGCAGCGUCGUCUUCUGCUCCUCCUCCUACAGCUGCUGCCACUACUGCGCGUGCUGCUGCACUGGCAGCAGGGGGAAAUGCAGGACGGCGGUUGGAAGAGCGGAAAGAGGGGGUGGGAUAUGGCAAGAAUGGGGAGGUCCAAGGUGGGGCAAACGGCGGGAGGGCAGAGAUUGGUGGGCUGGGGGGUGCAGGGCGAGGGGAGGGGAGGGGAGAGAGGGGGAGAGGCGGUGUGGAUGCUGGUGUUGGUGGUGGUGGUGUUAGCAGGCGGAAGGAGGGUGUCGACCGGGACGAUCCAGCCAAGGGUGGGGACGUUGCUGAGCGGGCGGUGUUGGAGCAGCUGCUGCUGAUGUACCCGCGAGUGGACCGAGACUCCCUUGUGCAAGUGCUGCGCGCGUGCGGGGGCUCCCUCAGCGACACUUGUUCAUUCCUCGACAGCUCUGAAGUGGCAGCAUCAUCCACACCUUCCUAUCCCAUUGCCAGUCGCAGCAGCAGCGUGCAUAAAGCGGGGCAGAGGAGGCAGGAAGAGGUGCCUCUGUGGGAGUGGAGAGCGCGCAAGAGAGCAGCUGAGCGUGCUGCUGCUGCUGCUCUUGCCGCUGGUGGUGGUGGUGGUGCUGGCGAUGGUUCCGGUGCCGGUGGUGGUGGUCAUGGUGAUCGUGACGAUUAUGCUAUUCUGACAGAUGCUAGUAACAGGUCUCGCGCUAGUGACGCCGGCCCACUUCCCUAUGCAAGUCGCAACCGCUUCAGCCCUCUGGAUACUGACUCUCUUGACGUUCCUCGUGCUGCUGCUGGUGUCGAUGCUCGCACCAGCGCUGCUGCUACUACAGCGGCUGCUGCUAUCGCGAGUGCUAUUGGCACCACUUCUCCCGCUGCAGUGUCGGCCCGUGCAGGCGCUCCUGGAGGGGCCGGGCCCGCCUCUCCCCCGGGGUCCUCCUCGAGUUGCUACCGGCGGCAUCGCGAGGCGGCGUUUGACAAGAAGAGGAUGAUGCAGUACUACUUCCGAGAGGCCAGUGCAGCGUGGGGUCGAGGGGAGAGGCAGAGAGCUGCUGCUCUUGCAAAUAAGGGUCACGAGUACCGCAAGGAGUAUCAGGAGCUCAUGCAGGCGGCAAGCCAACGCAUCUUCAGGGAGAACAAUGAGCGCUUGGGCAACAACAUGGACGUGGACCUGCACAACCUGCACGUGGACGAAGCCCUGCAGCACCUGCAGCUGCACCUCACGCUGCUGAAAAACCUGCCCACGCUUAGCAGCAUAACGGUCAUCACUGGUAGAGGCAAGCACAGCUCUGAUGGCCAUGCCAAGAUCAAACCUGCGGUGCAUCGCUACUUGCAGGAGAGGGGAGUUAGUUGGCAAGAACAAAAUGCGGGCAGCAUUCGCAUCACACGCUACAACCUGCCUCCGGAGCCGUUUCACCGAUAAUCGCUUCGCAAUGCCUCUUGUUUUUCUGCAUUUGUAGAUUAGUUUGUCGGGUGUGUGAAACUGCAGCGGGCGCUGCCAAUAAGCUGGCACCAGCUUAAUCCAUCCUGUAUACCAUACGCCUAUCAAGUCUGACUCGCUUUUGGACCUGCUAACCAGACAAUUGACAAACAG